AUGGAAGUUGUCAAGGAGCUGCACGCUGCUGUGGCAAAUGCCUGUGAGGCCUCCUUCGACAAUGCCUAUAAGCACAUGAAAUCCCAUAUUGAUGCGCACACCAAAGAGGCAGAAAUUAAAGAAGCAAUGGCCAGCCAAGCCCUGCGCCAAUCAGAGACUAAAAUCCGAGAGCUUCAGCACGAUAUCACGGUACUCCGGAGUGAGCUGCAACAAUAUGAAGUUGAUCCACAGGAUCUUGAACUUCCCGGGAAAUAUGCCAAUCUAGAGACAGAAUUUGACCCGAAGAACUUGUGGGGUGGCGAUCUGGAUUAUGAUGAUCAUCCCAAUGUUCGGAAGUCUCGGAAAAGAGUUGAGGCCAAAUACACUGCGCUUUAUACAAAUUUACAGACGUUCAUCCAAACCUGGAGUGGUCUCAAAUCCCGGGUGUUGCAGCACAAAAAAAAGCUACGGCGAUGGGAUCGGCAAUUAGAGCGUGGAGAGUUCUCGCUUGUUCUCAAUGGUCAACCCGUCACAUUCCGCAGAAUACAAAGUCCCAUCUCUGAGGAUGUUGACGAAGAACACCCGCAGGCCCAAGGCUCCUCGAAGAAACGUCCAAGAGAAGAGUGUCCAAAUCUUCCGGCCAAGGCUAUCAAGUCGUCGCAAGCAAGGACCUGUGCAGGUGAUGUGCAUGCAAAUAUGAAAGUUGAAGAUGAUAACCAAACAAUAAUUCACGGUUUAACAUCAGAGUCGGCCGCUGCCCAAUCUAGCUCUCCUAGAGCGGAUAUGGAACCCUCGGAAUCGUCCGAUACAAUAUGUCUCCUGUCCAACGUCCGCCAGCAGCAGAAUCGGCAGAGGCUUUCACCAACACUUCCCGGCAGAAACCUCACGCAUAGCCAACGAGCAGCCAUGAGCUCGGAGCGCUCUGCAGUUGUCAAAAAUGAGAUACUGUCCUCGAGUCCAACACAAGGUUCAGUGCACAACAGUGAACAGCCAUUUGUAAGCACGCAAGAUCUCGAUGAGAUAGGGGACACGAUACGAACACCAAUGAAACGGAAAGCCUACCGCAAUGUCAAUAUUGCAGACGCUUGGAAUUCAGAGAACAGUACGAAUAAAGUACAUCACUCAAAGCAAAUUCCACUAGGCCGGCAAAUAUCUCAACAGUUGUCCAUACUCCAACCAGUUGACGGCAACGCAGGCAGCGCGAACUUCUCUGCACAGGGAUCUUCCACGAAACACCUUCAGGAUCUGGAGCGACGCGCGAUACCAGCACUGGCGGAAGACGGUGAUAAUGCGACGGCCUUAUGGACGUCUUCGAAGACUGGUUCCGGUGUCAAUCUUGGAUCUGCAGAAGUAAAUCCUCAGGGUGGAUUUGCACAAAGACGUCUAGAAAAUCUUCUAGAACGAUCGCUACCCUCCAAAUCACCACUUCAUCUGUCGAGCAAAGACCACGGUCCUGAUUUAACAAGGGCGGGUGUUACACCCCAGAGUGACCAAACAAGGCCCAAGAUGUCGAGUCAAAUGGCCCCAGAUAUAGACCCCGAUGAUGAACCAUUCAGGGCAAGACCUCUUCGCCGCCUUGGGCUGGGGCAUUUCAAAAUCAAUCCGGUUAAAAAUCAAGGCCUUGAUUAUGCAUAUGGUACAGUUGUCCGAAAGAAGGAUGAACGCAAAUGCAUAUCAGGCUGUACUCGCCCAGGAUGUUGCGGUGAUCGGUUCCGGGCCAUGGCCCGCCUUGGUGGUCUUUCCGGUAAAUCUGGAGCAGAACAAGAGGAAGAAGACCAGGCAAUUCUACAAGAAUUCGUGGGAGAAGACACACAAUUGCUUCGAAAUAUGAGCGGCAAAGAGCGUGAAAAUCUCCUGGUGGAAGCAAGAGCCAGAGCCCUGGCCAACCGAUAUGGACGACAUCGGCAUGCUCACCAGCGAGCUCAAUCCCCUCCUGGCUUCUGGCGAACUGACAUGCCAAAUACACAGGAGGAGGAAGAUGAUCUUGAAGCUGCUAAGAGGUUGGAACGUGAGAAAGUGGAAGAGCGAUAUCGAGAGGCUAUGCGCCCUGGGGGAUUAUGGACAUGGGCGGAUGAAUAA